AUGUAAUAAAGGGCACGUUCAUUAAUUGCUAGACAAUAUUAUAAAAAUAAAUAUGGUCCAUAAUUGAUAGAAGAUGACAAUGUUUUGGAUGUUCAAAUUGGAGAUGAUAAUACGUAAAUUUAAGAUUAAUAAUAUUAAUUAGAUUACAAGCUAGAUAAGGAUUAGUAAUAACAAUAAACUCAGAUGAUGAUGAACCUAAAUAGAGACAUUCAACAUCUAAUUUUUUAGAAACUGUAGUUAAAAAAUAAGAAUGUGCAUUGUAAAAAUUUGAAGAUCGAAACAGUACUUCAUAAUUAUAACUUACUUUACAAUAACAAUUAUAAACAUAAACUUAAACACAUAAAUAGCAAUAAAAUUAAGGUAAUAAUACUCUUGACAGUAUGUCACAAUUACAAAAAUCACUUUCAUAAAUUAAAAUCUAAUAACCUUAACAACCCUAAAAUUUGAGUAAUCUAAAAUAGCCUUAAUAAUUAAAAUAAGUUAGAUAACCUAUUACUAAAGGUAUUGGAGAAUAGAAUUAAAAAAUUAAUGAGAAGCCAAAAUAAAGAGUAAUUUCUAUUCCUGAUCAGAUUUAAACAAAAAUGAAUAUAGAAUCUGAUGAAGAAGAAGUACAAAUAAAUAAGAUGCCCAGAAAAUAAGUGAGACCUAAUGAAGAUGAAACUUUGCCUUAAGUUCAUUUUAAAAAGAAACAAGAUUUUUUUACUUAAUUAAAAUAGAAGGUAUAUAUGUGUUAAUUAUAAAUAAUAGAUAACAUAACCAUUAGAUGAGAAUACAGCUUUAUAAAUUUAAUACAAAUAUAAAUAAAGAGAUGAAUAUUCUUCAGAAGUAGAACCACCUUAAAAUAUUGCACCUGUUUCUUAUUAGGAUUUUAUUGCAAUGAAGAAUAGAGAGAUUAAUGCUGCUAAAUAAAGAAAAUAAGAUGAAGAAUAUAGAAAGUAAUUGUUACAAUAAAAGAAAUAAGAAAAAAUAGCUCCUGAAAAAAUAAGAGAAGGAGAGACUCUAUAAUAAUAUCAAUAGAGAAUGAUUGAAUAUUUACACAAAUAAAAUAAAUAUAAGAACAAAAAUAAGUAUAAGAGAGGAACUGAUUUAGAUAAUAAGAAAACAGCUGAAGAAAAACAGAAGAUUGGUGAAUUAAUGAAAAUGAUUGAUCCUAAUUUUUAAUAAGAAGAUAUUGAAGAUAAACCAAUUAAACCAGAUCUAUUAAAUUAUGAUGUUUUACUUAAAAAUGGUUUAGUCUUAAAAUAAGCAUUUGUUAAACCACCAGAACCUGAUAUUAAUCCUAUGCUUAAUGUUUAUAAAAGAGGCAGAUAUGCAACUGAAUUUAUUUUUAGUGGUGGAAUUGAUUUAGAUGAUGGUCCUUAUGGAUAAUAAACAAAAAAGAAACCUAAGAAAUUACCAUUCCCUAAACAUAAAUUAAGUUUAACUCCUUGGGAAUAUUAUGGUGUAGGACCUGAAGAAUAUUUUGCAACCAGAAAUCCUAAUUUUGAAUUCAAAUAGAAAUAUGUUCCUAUUAAAGAUUAUUAUAAUGAAAUGCCAAAACCUAAAUAAAAUCCUAAAUAUUUUAGUUAUGAUGUCGAUUAAUUAUUAGCUAAAAGAUAUUAAUCUAAUCAUUAAGAAUAUUAAUAUUAAACCUCAUUUAUUGGUUAUAAAUAAAGACAUUGGACACCUGUAUCUCAUUUAAAAGCUGUAUGUCCCAAUUUAGUAUUAGAAUAUGAAAAAUAUGAAAGAGAUAGAUUGUUUUGUUAUAUUGUUUGUUCAAAGGUAUCUAAAUAUUAAUUAAUUGAAACUGUUGGUAUUUUGACUUCUAAAUAUACUAAAAAUAAAAUAGAGAAUUUGGUUAUGACUUAUUGGAAAGGUGAUUCUAAAGGAGAAAAGAAGACUAUAUCAAAUUUAGAAAAAUAAGUUACUUAAGAAUAAGUUCAAUAAAAUGAUGAAAUGAUAUUAUUUCAAGAAGAUGAUGAAGAAGAAAAUGAGAAGAAAAAGAGAAUAAGUAAAGAGUAAAGACAUUUAGAAGAUGAAUGGGAUCCUAGUAAAGAUGAAGCUACAGAAAGAGGUAGAAGGAAUAAAUUAAGAAAAGAAAAAUUUUAAAGAAUAGCAGAAGAAUUAAAAUAAAAAUAAUAAAUUUAACCAGAAAAAAAUAAAAAGAAAUAAAAGAAGGAUAAUAAUGAAGAAAAUAAUAUGGAAGUAGAAAAUUAAAUAAAAGAUGAAAAUUAAUAAUCUUAAUCAAAAAAAGAAUUAAAAAAAUAAAAGAGAGGAAAGAAAAAGAAAUAAGAAUAAUCUAAAUAAAUAAUUGAAUAAGAAGUAAAUCAAUUUGAAUAAUAAUUUUAAUAAGAAUAACAAAAUGAUAAUGAAAUAAGAUCAAAAAGUGAGGAAUAAGUAUUUUAUGAUAAUGAAGAUCUAAUAUUCAAAGAGAAAAUGAUUGAAUUAAAUUAAAAAAGAUUUAAUUUCACUGGAAAUGAUGUUGAUCUAUAAGAGAGUAUGAAAUUAGUUUUUCCAAAUAAUCAAUAAUAAAAAUUGGAUUCAGAAAGAUAUAAAUAAUUUAUGCAGAAAUGA